AUGCUCUCGUCCACCACCCACAAGUCAGACCCAGAGGACCAUUUCCGUCAAGCCCACUUCCCUCCAGCGCCCUCACCUCACUCCACAGUGGCCCGGGCCGCGUACUCGAGCGUUGCAAGAGACACGCUCCACCACGGCGGCCCAGACCACCACCGUCUCAUGUCUCAAAGGACCUCCAUCGUGCACAGCCCGGCAGCAACCACAGGCGGCGACCACGCAGAGCCCCGCAGGUUGCUCCUAAGUCACCCCCACCCACCCCCGCUCGCGUCACUUGCAUUUGUCGACCGCAUCAUGACUCCACUCGACGGCCUUUCUUCCGACGUUAUCCGCAGGCGGGGACGUCAGGCGACAGCGUGUCUCGAGUGCAACAGGCGCAAACAAAAGGUGAGAGAAUUGGUUACCUCCAGAGCGCAGCUUGGUGCGAUGGAAGCGAGGUCGGGAUGCGAUGCAGUUCUGUGCUGCUCCAGAGGGCAAAUCCUACAGGACCGCCAUACGCCCGUCCGUCUUCCUCCCACCAACAUCCCUACUAUGUACACACAUGUUCUCUGUCCUGUCUACCACCACCCGUCCAUGUCACUGACACCCCUCCAGUGCGACCGCCUCCAACCUUGCCACCACUGUGCCAAGCGCAACCUCGUCGACGGUUGCAAGUAUCCCGAGGCCCCACCUACCACCUCGUCGCAGUCCCCCACGUCGCCGUCCAAGCGCAAGGCGUCGAGCGGCACCCAGAGCGAGGACAGCGACGAUCCCCCCAGCCCCAAGCGCCGCAGCGACGAGCGCGAGAUCGGCAGCAGCCUUCUCAACCACAUCUCCCCUCGCCACCAGUUCUACGGCACUUCCGCCCGGCCAAGGCUCGACCGCACGCACGAGGAUCGUGAUGUGCGCAACAAGUCACAGGACCGCAACUACCACCAGACAUGGGCCGACUCGGACUCGAGCUCCAGCGGAAGCAGCACCACCAGUCACGCCAGUGCGUCCGUCCACUCUGGUUCGUGUCCAUUCCCCGAGCUCACGCCGGAUGUCUCUGCACACACGCCCUCGUACCACCCACACAUGAUCCACACACUUCCCUGCCUUCCCGUGUCUUCCGAGCGGCACGAGGUCGUCACUCCCCCUCCACACGACUGGCUCCAUUACCACCCGCCGUCAGCUGUUUGGCGCCGUACCCCGCGCUCACCCAUUCUCCCCUCUCUCUCGGCGAUACGCAGCGACAUUGAGCCAUGUCCCGACCCAGACAGGCAGCACCAGCAUCAGCAGCAGCAGCACCAGCAAGGCACGUCCCAGCCCAUCCCAGUGCCCAGGUCAGGUGGCGGCGGCUGCCCUCGUGACGUCCGUGACGACAGUGACGACUCUCGCCGCUCGCCCCAGCGUCUCCGUGACUGGGACCGCCACGAGGACAAGAACCUCAUGCAGGAAGGCGGUGCCCCCGGUAUUGGCAGUCUCGCGCUGGAAGGGGCCGAGGAGCAUGGACACCAGUUCCAGUUUUACGGCACGUCUCACUUUGGACCCCGUCUCGCUGCCAAGGUGAUGCAUGGUGGCAGCUCUGCACCCGACGUCACAGACACGCCCUACCGCUCAAGCGGCGACGCCGAGCUGCUCCGCCAAAUCCGCCAGCUGGACGGAGCACUGCCCAAGCGUAGUCUCUGCGGCCAGUUUGUCGCCGCCUUUUUUGACAAGUACAACUCCUGGGUGGAUAUUCUGUACGCCCCCACGUUCAUCACCAAGACGACCGAAUUCUGGGACACACACUCGCAGUUUGAGGACCUCACGCGCAUCGAUCUCCGGUGGUUUGCCCUCUUUCACACAGUCUUGGCGUUUGGCGUGCUUCUCGACAAUCAUGCAGACCUCACACCGCAGGAGCGCCUGGCUAUCAGUGACAGGUGCUUUGUGAGCGCUCGCCGUGCCCUGUCCGAGGCAGCGAGCUUUUACGGCGAAAGCCUUGACACUGUCGCUGCAUACACUCUGCUUUCGCUCUACCUCGUAUCCAUGCGUCGCAUGCCCGAGUCGUGGCACAUGAUCGGCAGUGCCGUGCGCGCAGCACAGGCUCAAGGGUGGGUUGACGGCGAGACGUGGCACCUGGUGCCCAAGCAGGCAGAACUCUGGCGUCGUCUUUGGGCUCAAAUGUACAUUCUCGACCGGUCCAUCUCCUACUUCCUGGGCCGCCCUCUGGCCAUCCGUGACGGAUCGUUCACGACGCGGACCCCGGCCAACAUUCCCGACACGGAGCUGGACGUGCUUCCUCGCGCCGACUUUCCACUCACGACGACGACGAAAUCCACCUUCCUCAUUCUGCACUACAAGCUCGCGCAGAUUAUCGGCCAAAUCCUCACGUCGUGCUUUGGUCUCAACCCGCGCAACCACGCCGACGUCAUGCGCUGCGAGGAGCUCAUGGUCGCGUGGCAGGCGAGCCUCCCACCCGUCUUCUGCCUCGAGGACCCAGACACGUCCCUCGACGAGCACUUUCCCUGGCUCCUUCUCCAGCGCCGCACCCUCAUGUCCAAGUACCACCAGGCGCGCAUCUCCCUGCACCGGCCAUACCUCCUCCCCUCGGGCAAGGUCGAGUAUGGCGACUCACGCAUGUGCUGUGUCGUCUCGGCCGGCGUCGAACUCCGCCACCGCCUGUCGCUCCUCGAGACGGACGACGAUCCAUUCGACCGCUUCAAGUGGCUUACAGUCGCUUCUGGUUUCUCUCCCGCGUGUGUGCUUGGCCUCCUCCUUGCUCGCGCCAAGCGCGAGACCGAGUUCAACUACGACGCCAUCCGCGAGCUUCUCAAAGAGUACAUCCAAGUAGAGAAGAACACGCAGCGCCGCGACCGCAGGCUCGAAAACGAGAUCAGUGUGCUCGAGAUGAUGCUCGCCCAGGCGGCCGAGGUGGAUGCCAAGGUCCGCAGCACGGCCGCCAGCCAGCGGCCCAGCGCCCUUCCGAGCACACACACCAGCCGCGGCGGCUCGGGCACCACCACGCCGCCGAAUGGCGUCGACGAGUGCCAGAAACAGCAACAGCAGCCUCAACAGCAGCAGCAACACCCUCACCCUCCUCCCCAUGUCACGGUGCCACACACGCCACGCACCACCCUCCUCAGCCCCCAACUCGCCCACCCGCGCCCACUGCCAUUCACGCUUCUGCCGCCCAUGCAGACCAACACGCUCACCCCGCCCGACCACCACACGCCGGCCGUGGCGGACCUGCACGCCGCCGCCGCGCCCGACGCGGGCGUCGGCGUCGGCGCCGUGAACAACUACUUUUCCAACCUCCUCCCGCCGCUCCCGCCCUUUGGCGCCGAGUAUCCGUCCCACACCAUGCUCUCCUCGACGUCCUCCACCCUCGGCCCCAUGGCCCCCGUGGCCCCCAUGGCCCCCGUCGGUGUCCUGCCCUACCACCCCGGCGUGUCUGGUGCCGGCGCCUACGCGACCCUCGCGCCCGGCUACGACGACGACGCCGCGGCGCGCUGGUUUGCGUUCCCGUCGCCGAUGGACCCGAGCGCAGACUCGUUCCCGCCCGUACACGACGUGAGUGCGUGGGCAGGCCUGCUCGAGAGCAUCGGCCCGCCAACCGACCUCGUUGAUGAGUGA